AUGGCCACCACCAAACAACGUCUCGCCCUCUCCAUCAUUGAUUUCCUCUCCACCUCCCUCACCGACGGUACUCUUAACGAAGAAGAGCGCGAAUCCAUUGAAAUCGCCCAGAACUGUAUCUCCGAGUCAUUCAAAGUUGACCCUACAGAUGGCACUCCCAAAGAUACCCAAAACCUCCUCCAAAUCUACAGUGUCUAUGAGAGUCUAAGAAAAUCCCAAGCCGCAGCCGCUCCUCCCAAACCCGCCGAUGAGAAGCCCACUGGCAAAGAGCCGACCGCAGAUGAAAAGAAAGAAGCAGAGGGUCUGAAGAGUCAAGGAAAUGCAGCUAUGGCUAAGAAGGAUUAUAAGAAGGCAAUCGAUUUGUAUUCGCAAGCUUUGGCUGUUAUCCCCGGCAACCCAAUCUUCUUGAGCAAUCGUGCUGCUGCUUAUUCGGCGUCAAAGGAUCACGAAUCUGCAAAGGCGGAUGCAGAGGCUGCGGUUGAUGCGGACCCUAAAUAUACUAAGGCGUGGUCGAGAUUGGGACUCGCAAAGUUCGCAUUGGGGGACGCAAGAGGUGCAAUGGAGGCUUAUGAGCAAGGUAUUGAGUAUGAAGGAAACGGAGGAUCAGAUGCGAUGAAGAAGGGAUUUGAGACUGCAAAGAAGAGAGUGCAGGAAUUAGAUGCUGCGGGAGAAGAUGAUGAGGUCGCUGAGAGAGGCACGCCCGGUGCUGGUGCUGGUGGAAUGCCAGAUUUGGCUAGUUUGGCGGGUAUGUUCGGUGGUGGGGCUGGAGGUGGCGGAGGUGGAAUGCCAGAUUUGAGCUCUAUCAUGAGUAACCCAAUGUUUGCGAGCAUGGCUCAAAACCUCAUGAGUAACCCGGAUGCUUUGAACAAUCUCAUGAGCAACCCUAGAAUACGCGAGAUGGCCAAUCAAUUUGGUGCUGGUGGAGGUGGAGGUGGAGGUGGUGCUGGGGGUAAUGGAGGCGGAAUGCCUGAUCUUUCAAGCUUGAUGAAUGAUCCUUCUAUCGCUGAGAUGGCUAGAAACUUAGGUGGAGCAGGAAGAGGUGCAGGUGCUGGACGUGGUGCUCCUCAAUAAACGACAUUGCAAUUAGUAGUUAACAGAUUCCCUUGAUGCGCAAUUGGUUGAUUCGUCGGACCUUCGUUUUACAUCUUACAUGAGAAAAUGAAUAGAUACACACCACAUAGUCAUUGCAGGCAAAUAUGACUUAAUGAG